AUGGCUGCCACUACCACCCCUGGAAAUAAUGAACCCCACCGAAUCCUCCUCGUCAGUGUACCGCGCACUGCCUCGAAUCUUCUCCUGAAGAUCCUCAACAUCCCCAAUCAACCAAAUGUCCUCACCAGCCCAAAGGGCGGCUACUUCUUCUACGAUGCCUUCAUGGCAGCCGGCAGGGACGGUCGCCUCGACAAGCCGCUAGACCAAUGGACCGCAGAGGUGAAGAGCGAAACCAAAGCCGUCGUGCAGAAGUGCUUCGACAGAUUAGAGGAGUACUCUGCCCGAGCCCGCGCCGAGAACAAGAUAAUGUUCACCAAAGAACACGCUUUCUGGCUGGUUAACCCGUGCUUCUUUGCGAACAAUGACGGCACCACACCUGAAUAUCACAGAGAUUUCCAGGUAUCUAUGCCUGAACGCUACGGGUCCUCGGCGACCUUCUCGGCCAAGAACAAGACCAUCAUGCCGGACGAGUACCUGCGCACCUGGCGGAUUGCCUUCAUCAUCCGUCACCCGGCACUGGCCUGGCCGUCCAUGUACCGCGCUAUGCAGAAGCUGUCCAAGGCUGGCUUCAUUGAUGACGACGGUAUGAGGGGUGCAUCGUUUACGAACAUGAGCAUGGAGUGGACGCGGAUGCUGUUUGACUGGUGUCGUGAGCAGCCCGAUGAGUCUGUCACGCCUUUGGUUAUCGAUGCUAAUGAUGUCAUCCAUAACCCCGGUGCUGUGGUGAAGUUCUGUGAGAAGGCUGGUCUUGACACUUCAUUCAUGCAGUUUGAGUGGAAUGGUGCUGAGAAGAAGUCUGAGAACUGGGCGGCUGAGACUGCGAACGCGGAGACGCCUGAGGAGGUGGCGUUUCAUAAGGCUGCUGCUUCUAUCAUGUUGUCGACUUUGGAGGAGUCGACUGGUGUUGUUAAGAAUAAGGCUCCGGCGUCGGUUGAUAUUGAUGCGGAGGUUGCUAAGUGGCGUGUCGAGUUUGGGGAUGAGGUUACCGAGUUGAUUGAGAAGGCUACGAGAGAUUCUAUGCCGGAUUAUGAGUAUCUGAAGGCUAACAGGGUCACUGUCUAA